GCGCAGGCGCGAGUGGUUCACAAACCUUCAACAUCGAAAAGAAAGUACAGUAGAUUGGCCAGGCCUGGUGAUUUGUGGGAAUAGAUUACUCAACUACAGUAUUUAGCAAGGUCUCUUGGGCUGAAACGAAUCUAGAGUAAUGGAUCCACCAAUGGGAGACCCUAACUUCUACCCAAUGCAAACUACUCCUCGCAGGCGUUCACCACUCGAUGAUAACAGUGAUAUGUAUAAUCAAAGAAGGCCUGUUCAGAAGAGGAAUGUUCAAGCAGCUCACCACCGAGGGAACCCAUAUGGAAGUCAAGGUGGUCCCACCCCCCUGUUUGAGGAUACCAGCACAGACCAACAACAGGGAAUGCCAGGAAUGCCAGGGGGGUUUGGACAGUUUGCUGGAAAUGAAUUUUUACAGGGUCCAAUGGCCAAUGUGGCUGUUGGCUAUGGAGCAGCAGUGGCUAGCCAAGGAAAAGAAUAUGUCGAGAAACAUAUUGACCGUUUUGUUUCAGUAUCAAAAUUAAAGUAUUACUUUGCUGUAGAUACCUCUUACGUUGUCAAAAAGCUGGGACUGCUUGUCUUUCCCUUCACACACAAAAACUGGUCAGUUCAGUAUAACAAGACAGAACCUGUGGCUCCGAGAUAUGAAAUAAAUGCUCCUGAUUUGUAUAUACCAGUGAUGGCUUUUGUUACAUAUAUUCUUGUUGCUGGACUAGUCAUGGGAACACAAAACAGAUUUACUCCAGAACAGCUGGGCAUCACAGCCAGUUCAGCCCUGGUGUGGCUCUUUGUUGAGAUUAUGGCCAUUCUCUUUUCUUUGUACCUCUGUAAUGUUCAAGCAGAGAUCAAGUCACUUGAUCUCUUAGCAUUUUGUGGCUACAAAUACUUUGGGAUGAUCGUGAGUUGCCUUGGUGGUCUUGUGUUCCACUCUGUUGGUUAUUACCUCAUACUUUUGUGGAUGAGUAUUAGCAUUGGCUUUUUUAUGGUGCGCACCCUGAGGUUAAUCAUUGUACCAGAAUCAGCUCCAGAUGGCAUUGCUAGAGCAAGCAAGCGAAGAAUAUACCUUCUGUUGUUUAUUGCCCUGUUACAGCCCUUGUUUAUGUAUUUCUUAACAAGUCACUUGAGACCAGUUGCUUCAGAGCCCUUGGAUGGUCCCAAAGCUGUCUUGUAACUUUUGAUACUGUUGUGGAAAAUUUACUUUCUGGAGUUGGUCAACAGAUGUAGAAAGAAUUUCAAGUAUUUUCUUUGUUCUGCAACAAAAGUCAGACGCACCCAACAAAAGUAUUCACCUAGUAACUAUUUUCAUGUAGAGUGUGGUGCUCUGUUUUUCUCGACUGUUGGUCUGUGGAGAUGGAUUUUCACAGCUUGGGCAGUCCUUACUUGUGAAAUUGAAGGGAGAAAUGACAUUGGAGCAAUCUUUAGUUUUGCAGAAUCAGGGGCAGUACCUUUAAUGUCAAAAUGUGUCUUAGAAUCUAUUUGUUUAGGAAAGAGGUUGUUUAAGGCUGCUGUUGAACGAGCCAUAAUUAUUAUAGCUCGUUCCGGUUUUGCGUUAACUCCGCUUUAUAGUGGUUAGAAAAAAAUGACGAAAGUUACAAUCAGAGCGAAUUUUGACCAAACGUUAAAACGUUUAACCAAUAUCAAGCCCGGAAAAGUCGUGGUAGUUACAGGUUUUCCCGCACUAACCACCGGUAGUUACUUUGUAACUUGUCGCUGGCAUAACAUGUUUUCCCGCGCUUUCUGUUAGCCAGCCACCUGUUGGUAGUGCAUGUCUUCCCGCGCUUUCUCUUUUCCAAUGCUAGCCGCGCUAGUUAUGUGGUUUUCUGCGGUUGCAUGUCUGAACAGCGCCUUUACACCAAACAUGGACAGUGUUUACUGAGUAACCUGUUGUAUUACUCAAGUUUGACAACUUGAAUAGAUAGAAAAACGAUCAAGGCUCCUUUCACGCCUUGAUCGUUUUUCCAUCUAUUCAAAGGUUAUCUCAUUUUGUACGAAAGUGUCAUGUCAUAUGGUAGUCUUUGAAACCGUAUUUGUUUGUUCAGUAAUGAGACCGUGAUGUUGCCAAUGAAAGGCUGUUAGUCUGCCAAUUUGAAGUUAACCAAAGAUGCUUAAAAUACAGUGACUUAGCCCUUUCAAUGAUAUGACAGAUAAAAGUAAUACUGAGAUGCUCCUCAAGUUCUGUAGCAAAUAUUGUUUGGUCAGAAUAUUAUGAAUAAAUUAUUAUGAAAUAGUGAAA